UUCAACUGCUCAACUUCUCCGGCGGUUUCUGGGAGGCGUCAUCAGACAGAACGGCGCCGUUAUUUUCCUUUUGCAAUCGUUGGACCUUAUACCUCUACGCAACAAUAAUCUCCUGCUCCUCUCUACUCGUAAAGGCGCUGACUUUGAGGUGGUGGGAACAAUGGGUAGUUCGUUUAAUGCUCAGGUAUUAGCUGAGAAGCUUGCCAAACUCAACAGUUCUCAAGCAAGCAUAGAGACUUUAUCGCAUUGGUGUAUCUUUCACAUGAACAAGGCGAAACAUGUUGUGGAGACAUGGGGGAGGCAGUUUCACUGCUCCCCGCGCGAGCAACGUUUGGCGUACCUGUACCUUGCGAAUGAUAUCUUGCAGAACAGUAGGCGAAGAGGUUCGGAGUUUGUUGGCGAGUUCUGGAAUGUGCUCCCGGAUGCUCUUCGUGACGUGAUUGAAAAUGGUGAUGACUCUGAAAGAAAAUCCGCACUUCGAUUGGUUAAUAUAUGGGAAGAAAGAAAGGUUUUUGGAUCUAGUGGACAGAUUCUCAAAGAAGAGAUUCUUAGAAAGCUGCCUGAUAAUGGAGGGGUCGUGCCACUUAAGAAGCAGGCAAAUGCAACUCCGUUGGAGAGAGUAGUGUCUGCUGUUGAAGCUCUUCACGGUGGUCAGAUUAAUGUGGAUGAUGUUGUUGGAAAAUGUACUAAUGUUGUGGGUUACCUUGAGAAAGCAGCUCAGGAGGUUGAGAGUUCAGGACACACCCCUGGCUCCGCGGUUGUAAAGGAGGUGCAGGGACAACAUACCAUACUGAGAGACUGCAUCGAACAGCUAGCAGCAAUGGAAACAUCCAGAACAAGUCUUAUCUCUCAUUUGAGAGAGGCUUUACAAGAACAGGAACUCAAGCUGGAGCAAGUCCGUAGCCACCUUCAGAUCGCUCGGUUUCAAUCAGACAGAACAGGUGAUCUCUGCAAACAGCUUAGUAGUAGCUCACAGCCUCCUGAAGAAGUCAUCAAAGUUUCAUUCACUUCAUCUGCACCGGUUAUGUUUGCUUCAAACCCACCAACUCAAUCAGUGGUAGUAGUAGACCCGAGAAAAACCGAAGCCGCAGCAAUGGUAGCUAAGCUAACCGCAUCAACCUCCUCAGCCGAGAUGCUCUCCUACGUUCUCUCCUCCUUUGCCUCUGAAAACAACCCACCCGCUGUAACAGAAACUCACCCGCCAGAGAAAAGGCCCAAGCUUCAACAGAACACAUCCACAGCCACCACCAGUCCCCCACCGCCGCCGCCGCCACCAGCAUUCCAGCUUCAGCCUCAGUUCUUACAGCCUUUACAGCCUCCUGGUCCUGUAAACCAGACGCCAUUCAGCUACACCAUAGCAACAACCACUCAACAACAACAACAACAACAACAACAGCAAGGUCCUUGGAUUCCUGGACUCACCUUGCUUCCAACAACCUCUGCUCCAUCAGAUAAUAAUUCAUACCAAAAGUUUCAGGGGCAAGAUGGUUUCUAUGGCACUACUAACUCACCGUCCUCUAUGACACCUGCUACUCGGCAGUAGAAGUAGGGUUCUAAGAGACCAUAAAGCUCACUUCUUUGGUGUUGUUUAAAAGUACAGUACUAAUGAGUGUUUGAAUAGGAUUUGGAAUGUGCAAGUCUAACUAUAUGCUUCUUCUGCAUAUAUCUUCUGUCAUUUUUUCUGUAAACUUUUAAGCAAAAGAACAAAAAAAUACACUUCUUUUCAAGUCUUUCUUUCUGAAACUUAGGAAGAUUCGUUUUAGCU